AUGGAUGUGGUGUCCCCGGAGCUGAACAGCCUCCUCCCUGAUGAAAUCAUGGACACAGAGGCCAUCGUGAUCGAGGACCUCCCGCCUGAGCCCUCCAUGGUCCCGGUUCAGAUGGAGUCUGAGGAGGCCCCGGUACCCAUGGAAACGGAGGUGCCGGAGAUCAUCAGCAUGAGCACAGCGGUCACCCCGACCCAGAGGACGCAGGCCCUCACCACAUCCACCAGCACGGACUCCGCCCUCUGCAGCAUCAGUUCCGGCACCCAGCUGCUCCUGACCCCCUCCAGCUCGACGGCCUUCAAGCCUUCCACCUCCUCUGCCGCCAAACCCAACAGCCCAGUCGUCAGCGGGGCCCUGCAGAAGGUCACAGCUCCCUUCACCAUCUCCGCCAACCACCAGAUCAUCCUCAACAAAGUGGCCGCCUCCUCGGCGGUCGACGCCAAGUCUUCCGGCGCCCAAGUGCUCAAGCAGGAGGGCCAGAAGCUGGUGGUCACCACCCUGGGGAAAGCGGGCCAGCCCAUCGUGCUGACGCUGCCCCACACUGGCACCAAGGUCAGCCCCGCCCAGGGCUCUGGAGACACUAAAGCCCAACCCCAGUACAAGGUGGUGACCAUUGGGAGCAGGACAGACCUGAAGCCCGUCAUGGGGGUCCAGCCUGUCAGCACAGCCAGCCAGCUUCUGGGGACUUCCCAGCAUUCCACCCUGCAGACCCAGCAGCUUAAGACCGUACAGAUUGCAAAGAAAACACAGGCAUCUUCAACAGGACCAAUGAUAACAAAGUUUAUUAUCACAAAACCUCUGAACAGCAAAGGUGUAUCGGGUCAAACCUCUGUAUCGCCAGUGAUUACAGGGAGAGUCCUGUCUCAGAGCACACCAGGGACACCCCCUCGAACCAUCACCCUCUCCGAAACCCUGAGCACCACCCCACAGACCAUCUCCAGCAGCAAGAUCGCCAUCUCGCCGCUCAAGUCUCCCAGCAAGCUGACCGUGGUGUCCGUGGCCUCCCAGUCCCCCAGCUCCCCGCAGAAGUCCGUGGCUGUUCCGCUCAACGUGGCCUUGGGGCAGCAAAUCCUGACCGUACAGCAGUCUACCCCCACGUCCCCAGCCAAAAUGGUGUCCAAUCACUCCGCUCCACAGGCGAUGAAGCCGGUGCAGACGAUGGCUGUCGGAGGAGUAGGCACGUCCCAGUUCAAGACCAUCUUCCCCUUAGCCACUCCCCCAAACGUCCAGCAGAUCCAGGUUCCCGGCAGCAGGUUUCACUAUGUGCGCCUGGUCACAGCCACCACAGGCAGCAGCACGGGCCAGACGGGCAGCCCCAGCACCAACUCAGCCAUCCCCACAGCGAAGCCGAUGGUGGUUAACACUGCGGCAGUCAGGAUGUCUGUACCCAUCGUUUCAGCACAGACCGUCAAGCAGGUGGUGCCCAAACCCCUGACCUCGUCCCCCCAGGUAGUGACCACCAGCCAGACCCAGCAGAGACUCAUCAUGCCAGCCACGCCCUUACCUCAAAUCCAGCCCAACCUUACCAACCUGCCCCCGGGCACCGUGCUGGCACCAGCCCCCGGCACGGGAAACAUGGGCUAUGCAGUGCUGCCUGCACAAUGUUUCACACAACUCCAGCAAUCCACGUUUGUGACCUUGGCCAGCAGCAGCAGUUUCUCAACACCCACCGGUGUACAGUCACAGGCCAGACUGCCACUCAAUGGCUUAUCAACCUCAGAUUCUGCUUCACGGCCAAGGAAACCGUGCAACUGCACCAAGUCGCAGUGUCUAAAGCUGUACUGUGACUGCUUUGCCAACGGCGAGUUCUGUAAUAACUGUAACUGCACCAACUGCUUCAACAACCUGGAGCACGAGACCGAACGGCUGAAGGCCAUCAAGGCGUGUCUGGACCGAAACCCAGAGGCCUUCAAGCCCAAGAUCGGCAAGGGGAAGGAGGGCGAGUCGGACCGCAGGCACAGCAAGGGCUGUAACUGCAAGCGCUCGGGCUGCCUGAAGAACUACUGCGAGUGCUACGAGGCGAAGAUCAUGUGCUCGUCCAUCUGCAAGUGCGUGGGGUGCAAGAACUUUGAGGAGAGCCCGGAGAGGAAGACGCUGAUGCACCUGGCGGACGCCGCCGAGGUGCGCGUUCAGCAGCAGACGGCCGCCAAGACCAAGCUCUCCUGCCAGAUCUCUGACCUGCUGACCAGGACCACGCCCGCCAUCACCAGCGGCGGGGGGAAGCUUCCCUUCACGUUUGUCACCAAGGAGGUGGCGGAGGCGACGUGUGACUGUCUGCUCGAGCAGGCCAAGCAGGCCGAGCUGGCCAACCAGCCACAGGCGACGGCAGAGAGGAUGAUCCUGGAGGAGUUCGGCCGCUGCCUAAUGAGAAUCAUCAACUCCGCCAGCAAAGCCAAGACGGACUGCUCCAUCAACUGCUAGGCCCCGCCCACACGGACCUCCACAGCAGCGGCCGGCAACGGGAGGGGAAAGGCUAGCCCUGGACGGCGCCCACCCCUCCCUCUGCUCUCAAAACUGCUAGGCCUCGUCUUUAUCCUGCCACCUGACUCUCAGAGCUGCAGCCAGGAGAGGAGGGGAUAAAAGCCAUUCUGGACCCCUAGCUCCAAUGAUUGGCAGGCCUAAACCACGCCCUCCCCAGUCCAAGCAGAGGACAGGAUUGGUGGCCAGCUAAGCCCCCUGCUCCAUGAACUGAUAUGGCUCUCCCCCACAGCCAAGAAGAGGAUUGUGGGAGGUCUCACAGAGCAAAGGGGCUGUGAGGCAUUGGAGCAGAGCAAUGAGGUUUUAACCUCCUGGUCUUUCGGUGCACCACAUGGCCAGGAUUAAACGGUGUGGUUUUUGGGAUUUGUUUUAGAGUGACUUGUGAGCGUUUUUGAAGUAGACAUUUUUAUGAUUUUUUUUCCCCCCCUCCUUCCCUCCCUUUCUCUCACUGGAUUCGUUUUAUUGCUCCACAUCAUGCCAUUUCUCGUUCAGUCGUUCUUAUUUUCACGCUCCGCUUCACUCAUUUGCGCGGGAGCUGUGUUUUAUCAUUACUAACAACCUCUGCACAUAGAGGAAGUCGGCAAGGAAGUCUAUCCGAUUUGAGCUUGCCCUGUUCUAAUCAUGGUCAUAGUAUACAGUAAGUAGACUUUACUGUAGCUUGAAUUAAUCCUUCCUUUUUUUCUAUUUAUGCUUUCCCCCCCAGUGUCUAUAUGUUUUCAGCUGAUGCUCAGAACUGCAUUAAUCUCCCCGGGAAAUUGUAAUACAAUUCAACUGCACACACACAAGUUUUCCUGUAGCAGUGAAAGAAGCCCAAAAAGCUUAUUAAUCAGAACUGCAACUACAAGUUUCCAAAUGUCGUGGAUUAAUUGGUCUCACUUCCUCUUGCAGUCACCGGUGAUGUCAUGCGUAUGUAUGAGGUCAAUUUGUUCGAUAAGCUAACCAUCUGAACUUCGCCUCUUUCCAGAACGUGGCAUAGGCAACUCACCGGAGUGUUCAAAGUCUUAUUUUGAAAAACCAGUUCAGUCUGAAUGAGAGGUUUACUGGUAUGACUGCAGAUUAAAAAAAAAAAAAAAGAAGGUUCUCAUUUGGUACCACUGACCAUUCUAUGUCUGUACCGCUUGCAAAGCUUGACUAGUACUCACUGAAAUAAAAUUGUGUCCGCGAGUUUUAACCACAACUCAUAAAAUGAGUUUUCCCAGGCGUCUCACUUCCCAUUUAUUUGUGCAUUGUGGGUACCCUUUGAAUCUUAAUGCUGUUGUCUGGUCUCUUCUCCACCAAUAUAAGAAUUCCACUAAUGAUGCAGGUGAGGCUUUCCAGGAGUUAAUUGGGGCAAAUUCUUUGAUGGGCUUCCAGAAAUGGAUAGGGAUUUCAAAGUGAAAAAGAACAGUGAAUUUUUCAUUAGGGGGCCUUGGAUCUCUGGAUUGAAAACCGAGGACCCCUUUCUUGGAUUGUGGAAAUCCAGUUUUCUGGUCAGCGUGUUCUGUGUCAAGCCCCAUAUCAUUAUGGAAGAUUACAAUAUCAAACAUUCAUGUGUACUAAACAUGGUCUUACUCUUCAUAGGCAGAUUUGGGCCUGUGUUCAUUAUGUAUCUUGGAUUUAGAGUGCUGAUCUAGGAUCUGGGUUUCCAUGGCCAAAGCCUAGCCAUAUCCAAUGUAUACACAGAGGCAUGACUGAUCCUAGUUAAGCACUCCUACUCAGAGACACUUCAUGAAUAUGGGCUUAGAUCCAGUAAAGGACUGUCCAACCCCAUAGUUUACUUGGUUCUGGUUAUGCUUCUCAAAAUUCAUUCUUCAUUUUUGUCAAUUUGGUCACCAGGCAUUGCUUACUGAGAUCUUUGUACCUUUUGGUGCUGUCACUUGGAAAAACAUAGAAUCCCACUUUUGUCACUCCCAGCUUUCAGUGAAGAAUUCAUCUUGCCCAAAAAUCUCCCCUGCCCAUUCCACCUCUGUGAACGUAAUACAUUUUCAUUGUACAAGAACUGAAACAAUUACGAUAAGUGUCACAGUGCAGAUAUUUUAGUGCAACAGAGUGCCUUCUCUUGUAAGUGAACAGGCAUUUCACUGGAAAUGUUUUGGUUUUUCUUUUUCACCAGAAGUCACAGUGGUAAUAAAGGUGAAAAUAAGCAUGGUUUCAUAUGAAAAAAGACUUUAGUAUUUUGUCCAGGUAUCUGACCGAGCAUAUUUCAUCACUGCAGGUUUUGGAGAAAAGUAUGCAUGACGUUUUAAAAGUUUUGUGGAAGAAAACCCAUUUAACAUGUAAAGACGUGGUUUACCCUCUUCAGAUUUUAACCCACACUCACUUGGAAAGAAUGUGGUGUUCUUAUCUGAUUAAAAUAUUGUGCAAAACUUUCCUCUCCACAGUACUCAUGCCUUAAGUUUGUCUUUGCUCAGGGCCUUCAGGAAUAUUAAUUCCCCCCUCCUUCCACAUUUCCCUGAAAGUAACUUGUUCUUAAUUGCUCUGGUGGAGCAGUGCAGAGAUUUCAAUUAAAGAAAAAAAAAACCCUGGAGUGCAGUAUUUCACAAUGCAGGUUUGUACUCUGAAUAGAAAGUUUUAAUGGUGCUUUCUACAAUGUGAGAUGUCCUACAGAAGUUUUUUGUUUCUUUCCCUCUCUCCCCCAUCCCUACAUGGUUGUUCAGUUGUUCUUUAAUGGGGUAUCAAAUACUAUUCCUGGAGAGCUGCAGUGCCUGCAAGUUUUUUCUUUCAAUCUGCAGCCAAUUUAGGCCUUGGAAACAAGGUGUAUGAACUCUUCACAAUCUGUGUCUUGCAUUAUUUAAGCGCUGAACGCACUGAAUCCAGCAGACACGGCAGCCCUUCAGGCCUGGAGUUUGACACCUUUGCUCUAUACUGAAUGCUUCAUUAAAUUUUGGCCUCAUGCUGAGUCCUAACAGACAGGCAAAAGAUGAGUCUUGUAGUCAAAUGUUUGGCUAAGGUGCACCUUCUGCAAGAGACUUAUUCGGCCUGUUUGUGUAGUGCUUGUUCAAAAACGUUUUAUACUCCGACCUAGCCUGUAUUGACAAGUCACAAUUCUGUUUGUGAUGGGAUCUAUUGCACUUGGAGACCACCAAUUGUAUUACAGUUGUACUUGCCAAUAUUUUUGGUACUAUAACAUCUUGUCUGAGAGCUGCAGAAAUGUUUUAGAACGUCAGAAAUUACAUUGUGCUUCCUGUCACAAUGGUCCCUGAUCAGUAUUAAGAAGAAUGGGCGUGGCAUGCAUUUCUUCAUGGGGUGGUUUCAUGGGUAGUUUUCUAAGGGCUACCAAUACACUGAAGCACAAGCCAUGUCUUCUCACAGUUUCGACCACCUUCAACCUAGUGGCAAUGGCAGGAGGUUAAAUUCAAGGGUUUGCCAGAAAAGGGAAUGAACCAGGUUUAAAACUACUGCAAAAAAAGUAAUAUUUUUUUCCUCCCCAGUUCAGACACCAGUCACAAAGAAUCACAAUGAUUCUUAGUUUGAGUGAACAGGUAGUUGAGUAGAAACCCUGCUCCAUUUCAGGGAACCCACUGACCAUGUGAUCUUGUAUAAAUGUAAAGUAGUGAGAACAUUAGAGCUUCUUUGUACUUAAUCAAGAAUUGCAAUACUCGCUUUUUCCACAACGUGAAUCUGUACUAAUAUGUAAAUGUUCUAUUCUUUCCUGCACCUCUGAGAUGUGUAUUGAAGAUCUUGUGUAACAGUUCUGUAGUAUUUGGAUUUGUUGAUUGUAUAUGUUGGUGUGGCCAUUUGUUGUGUUUCUUUGAAGGUGAGAUUGGAUAUUUUUACAUUUUUUCAUUUAUCUGGCAUAUAUGUAAACCUUUGUUUUCUGUCUAGAGAAUUAUUUAAUUUAUCAACCCCAUGUUUAUCUUUAUUAUGACAAUAUAACACCUAGUAUCACUCAGAAUGAAAGUAAUUUUUAAUUAUUUGCAAACUUAAAGAUUUAUAUUUAGUAAAAUGCAUAAAAUGUUCUGUGACUGUAUAUUGUACGCAAACUAUGACGCAAAUAAAAUUUAUACAGUUCUGUA